AUGCGACGCGACGCGGUGCCGCCACCCACCGCCCCCUCAGCCUCCUCCUCCUCGUCAUCCCUCUUCAGCGGCGGCGGCGGCGGCGAGCACCUGUUCGAGUCCGGGCCCAGCCCGCUCGUCUUCCUGCCCCUGCUCCUGAUCCAGGGCGGCGGCAUGGACCUCUCCCGCGUCGGCGAGAAACUCCUCAGCUCUGUCCGCUCGGCCCGCUCCCUUGGCCUCCUCCCACCGACCCCCACCGCGCCCCCUCCCCGCCCUGAGGUUCCAGAACGAGCUGCAGCGGCAGCAGCUGCGGCACGCGCGAUCGCUGGGUUGCCACCGCAUGAGAGGAUCAACCUGCCGUCCAAUUCGGAGGACUUGGUCUCCAUCUAUGGGAGCAACCCCCAGGGCGAACCGGUGGAGGAGCUCGAGGAGGUGUUCUAUGAGGAGGAGUUUGAUCCAAUAAAGUACAUUCUGCAAAAUAUUCCGGACGAAGGCAGCGAUGCCACCUAUUUCGAUAAGCAGUCUACGUUGAGAUUAGCGCAGCUUGACAAGAUUGCAGAAAGAUUAUCACACCAUGUUAUGGGUCACCAUGAAGAAAUGGUGAAGGGGAUGCAGUUAGUGAUGGAAUUAGAACAAGACUUAAAGGUUGCAAAUGUAAUCUGCAUGAAUGGACGAAGGCAUAUAACCUCUUCGAAGAAUGAGGUGUCGAGGGAUCUGGUUGUCAAUGUAAAAUCAAAAAAGAAACAAGCUUUGCUGGAUGUUCUUCCUGUCCUUACAGAGCUUCGUCAUGCUCUAGACAUGCAGAUGGAACUUGAAACUUUUGUUGAGAAAGAAAAUUACUUUCAGGCAUUCCAAUUGUUGCCUGAAUAUUUGCAAAUUUUGGAGAAUUAUUCAGGCCUUUCUGCUGUACAAGAAAUGGGACGAGGUAUAGAGGCAUGGUUAGCUCGAACACUCCAAAAAUUGGACACUAAUUUACUUGGUGUUUGUCAGAUGUUUGAUGAAGAAAAUUAUCUAACUGUUGUUGAUGCAUAUGCACUAAUGGGUGAUGUCAGUGGCAUGGCUGAAAAGAUGCAGAGUUUCUUCUUGCAGGAAGUACUCUCUCGAACACAUUAUGUCCUGAAAGAAAUGUUGGAAGAGGAGGUUGGAAAUAAUACGGAGAAAAAUAGGUUUACAUACAGUGAUCUUUGUGUUCAAGUUCCUGAACCCAAACUUCGCCCCUGCUUGUUGAGAACCCUAGAGUGCUUAUUUUCAUUGAUGUGCUCAUAUUAUGCUAUUAUGAGCUUUUCUUCAGAAGAUAAGAAUAUUGACUCCAAGGGCCCAGAUCUAGCAGAUAAGAAUGACAUAUCUCAGAAUAGCAACGAAACUUUAGUUAAUUCAGGAAGAGGUCAUUCAAGUGCAGCAGUCACUCAGGAUGGUUCUGCAGCUGUAAAAAGUGACAGAGCAUCAUCAUCUGAGGUUAACAACCCUGAUGCUAGUACAUCAGAAACGGGUUCUCCAUUCUAUCAGCUUAGAACAGAUGCUACAAAACUUGUUGCGCAAACAUUUCAAAGAGGGCGAAGAAAUCUUUGGCAGCUGGCAACAAGUCGCUUGUCUGUUUUAUUAUCUAGUUCAGCUGUUUGUUCAACUAGCACAUACCAAUUCCUGAAGAAUUAUGAAGAUCUUGUCAUUUUCAUUUUGGCUGGCGAAGCAUUUUGUGGGUUUGAAGCUAGUGAGUUCCGCCAGAAGUUGAAGACUGUCUGUUUGAACUACAUGGUGUUCUUUCACCGGCAAAAUAUAUAUGCACUUAAGAUGGUACUGGAAAAGGAAUCUUGGACAAUAAUGUCUGCUGAAGCUUCACAAAUAAUUAGUUUAGCAGGUCUAACUGGUGAUGGUGCUGCACUGUGCUCUCCUACCAGUAGAAGUCUCAAGUUGCCAAUAAAUUGUUACCAUGGGAAUUCAACUACAGCCAAUUCAGGAAACGAAAAUCUUGGAUUUGCUUCUUGGCUUAAGAUUGAAAAUCCAUUUUCUUUUAAGCUAGAAAAUGGCUCUGCUGAAUCCCCAAAGUCCAAUAUGCCUUUUGACUCAUCAGUUAGCAAUAAUCAUGGCAAUGGAAACAAUUCAUCUUUUGAUGAAGAGAAUGAAGACCUUCUAGCGGAUUUCAUUGAUGAAGAUAGUCAGUUGCCUAGUAGGAUACCAAAAACGAAAAUUGUAAAAGGCAAUUCUUCACAUUGGAAAGAUGGAGACAUUUCAUCGCAGACAGGCUCAUCACUUUCUUUAUUAAGGAUGAUGGACAAAUACGCCAGGCUGAUGCAAAAGCUUGAAAUUGUCAAUGUUGAGCUUUUUAAGGGUAUCUCCCAACUGUUUGGCAUCUUUUAUCACUACAUAUAUGAGACAAUUGGGAACCUAGACAAGAGUCAAAGCAGCAAGCCUUUACCUGAUCAUCAAUCAUCUCGGCUUAAAGCCGCUUUAUCAAAAAUAACACAAGACUCUGAUCAGUGGACAAAGCCAAAUAAUGUUUCAUAUUCACCUUCAUCCCCUUUGUCAAUGAAUUCAACUUUCGGCCAAAUGGAUGUGAUGCCUACUGCGCCUCCCAGUUCAAUGUUCACCUCCUAUGGGUUAAAGGAGAGAUGUGCAGCUGCUGAAACAUUAUCAUUGGUUGCUCGAGUUUUGAACCGAUCUAGAGCCCAUCUACGCUCAGUAUUGUCUAAAAAUAACAGUUCUGUUGUUGAAGAGUUCUUUAGGACACUGGUGGACUCUGUUCCAGAUUUGACAGAGCACAUUCACAGAACGAGUGCACAUAUGCUUUUGCAUAUUGAUGGGUAUCCAGAUAAGAUAGCAAAUGCUAAAUGGGAGGUGAAGGAGCUCGGAAUAGAGCACAAUGGAUAUGUUGAUUUGUUAUUGGGUGAGUUCAAACACUACAAAACAAGAUUGGACCAUGGAGGAAUUUCUAAGGAGCUCCAACACCUUUUGAUAGAGUAUGGCGUAGAGAGCAUAUCGGAAGUUUUAGUUGAAGGUCUCUCUAGAGUGAAAAGGUGCACUGACGAGGGGCGUGCUUUGAUGUCACUUGACCUCCAGGUACUAAUUAAUGGGUUGCAGCACAUUGUAUCAUCAAAUGUAAGGCCGAAGCUGCAAACUGUGGACACUUUCAUAAAGGCUUACUAUUUACCGGAGACUGAGUACGUCCACUGGGCGCGGUCUCAUCCAGAAUACAGCAAAAGUCAGGUAGUCGGGUUAGUUAACCUGGUGGCCACCAUGAAAGGGUGGAAACGGAAGACGAGACUAGAAACGGUGGAGAAGAUUGAGGCAGGGCCAUAG